GGGAGGGAUUGAAUGAGGAAAGUGGAUAGGAGCUGGAGUUUUAGUUUUUUUGAGCAUCUGGAUAUCUGACCGGAGAGAGAAGAAGAAGAAGAAGAAGAAGAAGAAGAAGAAUUUGGAUGUAUGGAAAAUUACCUGAAAGCAGAGGAAGAGAACGAAAAAGCUCAAUUAUAGAAGAAGUAAGGUCAGGAAAGAGGGAAAUAAGGAGAAAGUUGUUUUUCUAACGGGACAGGAGGUGGACCCGACCAGCAGAAAUGUUGCCGGUGAUUCUGACGGUUUACCUCAAUGACACCCAGCAGAUGCUAACUGAGGUCCCAGUUACUCCGGCAACCAGAGUUAUUGACGUUGUCGAAUACUGCAAAGAAGCCGGCGAGGGGGAGUGUCACUUAGCUGAAGUAUGGAAUGGGCAUGAGCGCGUUCUCCCUCAGGAGGUGUUAUUGUUGGAUCUCCUCCAGCAGUGGGGAGCCAGGAGGCCGGAGGUCAGCUUCUACCUCAGACACUGCCCCUCCUGGACACAAGGAAGUCCGCAGCCUUUGGAGCAGAGCUGGACCACAGAAGCAACAGAUAGUGCUAAUGACAGGGUUCCCCGUGUGGAGCUGACCCUCUCUGAGCUCCAGGAAAUGGCCACUAGACAACAGCAACAAAUAGAGGCUCAGCAACAGAUGUUGGUCGCCAAGGAGCAGAGACUGAGGUAUCUUCACCAAGGAGGCAGAUCUAACCAGGGACAGACGCAGUCUGAAGCUGAGAAGCUGCAGCGGCUGAAGGAGCGAGUGGAGACUCAGGAAGCCAAGCUGAAGAAGAUCCGAGCCAUGAGAGGACAGGUCGACUACAGCAAACUGAUCAACGGAAACCUCUCUGCAGAGAUCGACCAUGUCAGCAGCCUGUUCCAGGAGAAGCAGGCGGAACUGCAGUCUGCGGUGGUCAGAGUCGACCAGUUGACCCAGCAGCUGGAGGAUUUGAAGAGAGGACGCCUCCAGCUACACCCUGUUGCACCAGCUCAGGUGGCACACACCGGGUCCCACGGGGCACCCACUGGCCAGAAAGGAUCACCCCUGUCUGGUCCUGCAGCCCUGGAACUGAGGAAACUCUACCAGGAGCUGCAGGCUCGUAACCGUCAUAACCUGGAGCAGAGCAGCAAGUUGGCUCAGAACAAGGAGCUGCUGAACAAGAGGAACGCCCAGGUGACGGUGAUGGAUCAACGCAUCGGAGACCUGAGAGAACGACUGCAUAAGAAGAGAGCAGAAUUGAGUCGUAUGAAUGGAGCAGGCCUGUCCUCGCCUCAGACCUUGUCCCACCCAGGAGGUGGAGUUUCAGGGCGAGUAGCGGCUGUCUGCCCUUACAUCCAGGUUCCAGCAGAGGGGAGACAGGAGGCGGGGUACCCCCUGCCAGCUGACCCACCGCCCAAACCCACACCGCUGAGCCACAUCCGCUCCCUCUCAGAGGAGGACAGGAGUGGCAUCAGGAAGCCUCCUAGCCAAUGGAAAGUGUCAGAUUUAGACAUCGUCCUGUCAGAGCCCACUGAGACGUGGGAGGGACCUCGGUCCCCUCAGGGGGGCGACAGUAACAACACUAAUGAAGCGUCGUGGCCUAGAAUCAGUAAGAGCGUGUCAGAUUGGAGGACCAACAGUCCGGAACAGCUUCCCUCUGGUUACGGUACCUACCCCAGCGCCACCCACCAGGCGGCAGGCCAUCACAAUGCUACCAGCUCCCUGCCCCAUUCUGCCCCCGGUACACUGGGCUGGCCCCGAUCCACUGCUGCAAAUACCACCUCAUCGUCCUCUUUAUCAUCUUCCUCUUCACAACAAAUACAGCAACGGAUCUCCGUCCCUCCAAAUUCAAGCCAAGGCUCCGCCUCCCAGCCAUCCCCCUUGUCCCCACAAACAGAGCGAACAGAUCCCCCUCCAGCGGUGGCUGUGCGUCCCUACGUUCCGGACCACCCCUCCAGGCCCCAGUCCCCCAGGAAGGGCCCCGCCACCAUGAACAGCAGCUCUAUCUACAGCAUGUAUCUCCAGCAGCCUCAGGCCAAAAACUAUGGAUCUCUUAGCAACAGGACUACUGUCAAAGCAGUCUAUGGUAAACCCAUCCUCCCCACCUCCUCCACUUCUCCAUCCCCUGUCCCUUUUCUCCAGGGAGGAGGAGGAGGAGGAGGAGGAGGAGGAGGAGGAGUAAGAGCAGGAGGAGAAGAUGUUACAGAUAAAGAAGGAGGGAAAGGAGGAGGUGAGAGCAGUGAUGGGCAAAUCCUCCCACCUCCCACUGUUGACAACAUCCCUCGUCCUCUUAGUCCCACUAAGCUCACCCCAGUCGCCCACUCCCAGCUACGUUACCAGAGUGAUGCCGACCUGGAGGUUCUCCGCCGACGUCUCAGCAACGCACCACGACCCCUGAAAAAACGGAGCUCAAUCACAGAGCCUGAGGGCCCACAGGGGCCAAACAUCCAAAAACUACUGUACCAGAGGUUCAACACGUUGGCGGGAAGCAUGGAAGGAGGCUCAGGCAAUACUUUCUACCAGCCUGACUGCCUUUUGGGUGAAAUGGACAACAUCCAUUCAGCAAAUGGGAAUGCAGAACCUGGUGACAAGCACGUCAGUAUGGCAGGCGUGGAAGGCGAAGUUCAAAAUCUGAACUCGGGCGCCCGCCGAUUGUCCCCUCCUUCUGGUGCCGUAGAAACACCCAAAGAGACGACAGCAAAAGCAGAAACUACCAAUAACGUGUCUCCACCGACCCGAACCAGCCCACCCCCUGCACCUGAUAGGCCAGAGGACCAGAACAAUAACAACCAGAGAGGAUCUAGUCCUGCACACAACACUGUAGGCCAUGCCUCCCCUUCACCGUCACCCCCCGCCCCCCCUUCACUGCCUAAGGUGAAGCGGACCAACCUGAAGAAGCCGUCAUCAGAGCGAACAGGCCACGGUCUGAGAGUGAAGUUUAACCCUCUAGCUCUGCUGCUGGACGCAUCAUUAGAGGGAGAGUUUGAUCUGGUGCAGAGGAUUAUAUAUGAGGUGGAAAAUCCCAGUAUGCCUAACGAUGAAGGCAUAACUCCUCUUCAUAACGCUGUCUGUGCCGGCCAUCACCAUAUUGUGAAGUUCCUGCUGGACUUUGGAGUCAAUGUAAACGCAGCCGACAGUGACGGAUGGACUCCUCUGCACUGUGCAGCUUCAUGUAACAGCGUCCACCUCUGUAAGAUGCUGGUGGAGUCGGGGGCCGCCAUUUUCGCCACGACAAUUAGCGACGUGGAAACUGCGGCAGACAAAUGUGAAGAAAUGGAGGAGGGCUAUACACAGUGUUCUCAGUUCCUCUACGGUGUCCAAGAAAAGUUGGGUGUGAUGAACAAAGGCUUGGUCUACACCCUCUGGGACUACACGGCCCAGCAAGCCGAUGAGCUGUCCUUCAGCGAGGGCGACGCCCUCACCGUGCUGCGUCGCCGCGACGACACUGAGACCGAGUGGUGGUGGGCACGGCUUAACGACCGCGAGGGAUAUAUACCCAGAAACCUACUGGGGCUGUAUCCAAGAAUCAAACCCAGACAACGCUCGCUGGCAUAAAGCCCAGAUCAGGAGCCACGUGCACGCUCUCAGAGGGCGCAUGAGACACAGAGAAGAAGAGGCAGCAGCAGCAUGUGGGCGGAAGCAAUAGCCGAGAAAGAGACAAACAAAUGAUGGAGGUAGUCAGGAGGCAGAAAGAAGGAAACAAAGACGGAGCUCGCAACUCUGAUGAAGCAACUUUUUUCUUUUUUUUUUUUUUUUUUUUUUUUUUUCGUUUGUUUGGAUGUGAUGCUGGAACCACAGAGCCACUUUAUGGUAGAAUCUUUCUAUAUUUUCACUGAGUUGCUGCAAUUAAAAAAAAAUAAAAAAUGGACUGAAUCUUAUUUUGAGCAAGAGUAGCUUGGCAACUUCACACCAGUUCAGCCGCAUGAGAGAAGCUAAAUAGAAGCAAAAAUAAGAAAUAUGAUUUGGAUGCAGUGUUGAGUUCUUUCAGCUCAGAACAUGAAAACAUGGGCUUGGAUUUAUACUGCCCUAUCUAACAUUCAUCCAAAUAAUCUUGAUCUUUGAAUGCCACUUUAUUUUUGUAUGGUGUUAAUUUAAAAAAAAAAAAAAAAAAAAAGUUCACACUGUGUGAUGAGAAAAUUUAAAUGCAGUGAAUUUACAGGCUAGAGCAGGUAAAAGUAUGUGUGAGAUGUGAAGUUGGGAGAGAGGGAAGUGCGAGGAGAGAACAUAUAGUGUGUGAGAGAGAGAGCCAGGUCUUUGUCAAGUUUUAGAUGGAGCAGCUAUUAGCAGUGUCAGCCAGGAAUAACGUUGGAAGUGCAACCACAAGACUAAAGAAAACAAAAUCCAGCAAGCUUUUGAUGCAUGGUGGCUGUGGUCCACAUCAACAAACAUGCGCAACAGAUGUUGAAAAUAUAAUAUUAUGGCAUGGUAAAAAACAAAAAGAAAAAAGAACUGAUAUCAGAAGAAUAUUUUGAUUCUGAUUUCACAAAAUGAUAAAAGAAGCAUCCGUGAAUAAUUACAGAUGCCUCAGCCUUUUACUAUUCUGUAUUUAUGUUGACUCAGCACUGGUGCAUGCUGUCAUAUCAACAUCUGUUCAACUGCAAAAUGGUUGCUGCUGGUAAGACAGGAGAACAGAAGGAAAACAAGAAGGUGAGAAA